UGGAACUAACUGCAGUUGUAAAUCCAUUGCUAAUGUUUUCAGUCCCAUACCAAUGAAAAUAAAAGGUCCAUCGGGAAUUGAAACUUUAGCAGUACUGGUAGGUAUAAAUUUCAGUGCUAUGAUAAAAAUAAAACCCAAGGGUCAUAAAUUUUAAAAUUGCUUAGUUUGGGGAAACAAAUUUUAUCAGAACCAACACCUGUUACUGGCAGAUGAACAUGGGCAUUGAUGAGGAAUGAAUUUGUAAAAGUUGUUUACAAGCCUGAAGUACCCAUCCAAAACUACUUCUCUUUUAGCUUAGUUUUUAUUUUUCAAUUGACAAAUACAAAUUGUAUCUAUUUCUUGUGUACAACAUGUUGAUCUGGAAUAUGUAUUCAUUGUGGAAUAGAUAAAUUGGGCUAAGUAGCGAAUGCCUUACUUUACAUACUGUUUCUUUUUUGUGUGUAUGUGAUAACACUUGAAACCUACUCUAAGCAGUGUUCAAGAGUACAAUGCGUUGUUUUCAACAACACCAUGUUAUAUGAUAGAGCUCUUGAACGUAUUCCUUCUAUCUAAAUGAAAUUUCGUAUCCUUUGCUCAACAUUUCCACAGCCCCUGAUAAACACCACUCUACCCUGCUUCUGUGAGUUCCACUUUUUUAGAUUCCACAUAUAAGUGAGAUCAUACAGCAUUUGUCUUUCUGUGACUGAUGUAUUUCACUUAGUAAAAUAUCCUUCCAGUUCUUCCACAUAGACACAAAGGAAAAUUUUCUCCCUUUCUAAGACUGACUAGUAUCCAUUGUGUAUAUAUAUCACUUUCCUUUUCCAUUCUUCUGCUGAUGGGCACUUAGAUCGAUUCCAAACCUUGGCUAUUGCGAAGAACACUGUGGUGAACGUGGGACUGUAGACACCUCCUAACAAGCUUGGGAUGCAGCUGUACUGACUUCAUUUACUUUGGAUCUAUAUCCAGCAGUGGGAUUGGUGAAUCGUGUGGUCACUCUAUUUUUAAUUUUUUAAAGAACUUUCAUACUGUUUUCCAUAAUGGUGGUACCACCCUCAAAACUUUUUAUAUUCAUUCAUUUGUUUACCAUUUCACUCACUUGCUCAUUUAAUAAAUUUUCAUCAGACUCCUACUCAGUACUAGGCACUGUUGAAGGCACCAGGUGACCAGGACAGACAAGUCCAUGACCUCCGGAAGCGUAUAGUCAAGUGGGAGUGUCAGAUGAAAAACAGAUAAACAAAUGAAUAUCAAAUAGUAUCAAUCAGUCAUAAAUGCUUUGAAGAAAAAAAAUAGAGCAGGAUAAGGAGAUUUCAAGGAACAGUGUGGCCAGGGAAGACUUAUCGGAGGAGGUCUCAUUUCAGAAGAGACUUGAAUGAGAUGAGGGACUAAGCUGUGCAGACAGCUGGGAGAGGGAGAGACAGAUCUGAGACAGUACUAUGCUUUGCAUGGGAAGGAAUAGCAAGGAGCCCUGGAGGUCAAGGUCAGAGGAAAAGUAGCAGGAAAUGAGAUCAGAAGGUAGGCAAAGGCUAGAUUAUACAGAGCCAUAAAGUCCUUACUGGGUAGGGACUGUAGCCUUUCUUCUAAGGCUGACUCAUGUGUGGAACAUGGGAGGCAGAGCCAGGAGAGCCAUUAGGAAAGUUAUUGAAAAGUUCUAUGUGCAACCCCUGCUGACUUGGACCAGGGUGGAGGCAGAGGAGGUACAAGAGGUGACUGGGUUUGGGGUAGAUGCCCAUGCCCAGGGUAAAGCAGACAGAACGUGCUGGUUAAAUAGAAGGUAUGCAUAAAAGAAAAAGAGCGGUCAAGGAUGGUGCCAAGAUGCUGGGCAUGGUAGUGUCCGCCUGUAAUCCUAGCUGCUUGGGAGGCUGAGAGAGGAGGACAGCUGUUCGAAUCCAGCGUCAGCAACUUAGUGAGGCCCUAUCUCUAAAUAAAAUAUUAAAAAGAACUGGGGAUAUGGCUCAGUAGUUAAGUGCCACUGUAUCCCUCCCCCCAAAAAAAAGAUGGCACCAAGGUUUCUGAUCAUGCCACAGAUGAUGAGAAAUACCAGAGGAAGAGGAGCAAGUGGCCAGCACUGGGGUGGGGACGGGGAACAGGAGCGUGGGACAGGGGAAGAAAAGGAAGUUGGAUGAUUAGCUUAGAAUUCAGAGGACAAAAACCUUCCCUGGUAGUAACCUGGUUUCUAAUGUUGGGGGCGACGGCAGGUCGGUUACUGAUUUCUGCUGUAACCCCCACUGGCUGCUUCCUGUUUCAGUAGGCACAGUCAUGCAUUUCAAUACCUAAGCAACAGACCCGUGGCUCCGCCCUGCCAGGGAAUUGCAAGGUAGUACAGAACUUGCAUUGGUUAAAUUCCACACAACAGUCGGGUGUUGCCUGGAAACCAGCUCCACAAGUUGGGAGUUACCCGAGUUCAUGCAAGUUGGACUCUGUCACAGAGCCACUCCCUAAUUGUGAAUUGGGUAAUCUCCUCCAAGCAAGCCAGGAACCCAGGAGGAGUGGGAACGAGGAGAAGCAGGGGCAGAGGAAUUUGAUUUUGCAAGUUGGGAGGACAGUGUGGCAGAAUGGAAAGAGCAAAAUCUGUGGCCCCUGGCAUACCUAGACUCACAUUUCAUCUCUGGCCUUCCUACCUGUCCAGCCGGAGCAUGGCACUUGGUUUUCCCCCUAGAGACAACGCUCAGAGCAGCAGCAUUUUUUCUGGGUUUGCGGGACUCCUCACCAUCCUCCUGGUCAUCACAGCUGCCUGCAUCCUGUGGAGCUGGAACAAACGGAAGAAGCGGCGGGUUCCUUACCUCCCAGUGACUGCCAUGCCCUCACUCACUCUGCCUCGGCCCAGACAACGAGCCAAAAAUAUUUAUGACCUCUUGCCUCAGCGGCAAGAAGAAUUGGGGAGACAUCAGCCAAGGAGUACCCGCAUGUUCAGUGCUGAGAGCCUCCUGUCCCGAAACUCUGACAGCACGGAGCAUAUGCCCUUCCAAGCAGCUAUCACCCUCCAGAGGCAUACGGCCCAUGUCCAUGCCAUGGGCUAUGCAGUUGGUGUCUAUGACAAUGCCACAGUGCCUCAGAUGUGCAGGAACCUCACUCCCUCAACACACUACGUCAAUGUCAGAGCGUCCAGAGACGUCUCGAGCACUUCUUCGGAGGAGUCAAAUGAUUACGUCAAUGUCCCCCCGGCAGAAGAGAUUGCUGAGACUCUAACUUCUAACGACAGCCUGCCUGAAAGUCUGUUUGUUCUUCCAAGUGCCCAGGAGUUGGACUUAACUGAGAAAAGACAUGAAGCCUGUGGGGAUGCCAGUGACUGUACCAGUUUUUGGUCUCCAGGAACUAAGGACGGUGAUCCACUCAGCGAUGGGGAGGAUUCUUCUCAGACCUCAAAUGACUACGUCAACAUGACAGGUUUGGAUCUCGAGGACCUCCAAGAGGAACUGCCCUGGGUAGUUUUUCAAUGCUGCCGAGAUUAUGAGAAUGUCCCACCAGUAGAUCCCAAUGGAAGCCAGCAGCAGACUGAGGACGAAGUGACAUCUUCAAACACAGGCCAUAAAGACGGAAGGACAGAUGGUCCAGGGACUGACAUCCAUCCUCUCACAAGGAAUUCCAAUGCAUAUUGUAUGGCUUUUCAGCCAUCCAUACUGAGUGAGAGCAGUCAGAUGAAGCAUGAAGAAGAGAUGUCAAAUGAAGACCCUCAUGACUAUGAGAAUGUGCUAACUGCCAAGCUAGGAGGCAGCGACCCGGAGCAGGAGCCUGCUACUCAGCUCCCUCCUGGUGAAUGAAUACCAUUAACCAGCUGGAAAGUCACAUGAAGUGGUCUGUCCUGUUGGUUUCUCAACCACUGAAGAGUCUCUAGUGAAGACCCUUGACCACCCUAGUAUGUCAGUGGAUUUCCUUGGUUAGUUUAAUGAGAGGCUGAAAGAAGCAGGAAGCUAAAAGGCUGCCCAAAGGUAAAGGUUUGGGAAAUCCAGAAAGGAAUUCUUCUCUCAUGCCAACCUAAGAAUGUUUGCUGGAACUGCCUUACUGGCCUGUUAAGAAAUAAAAGCAGGAGAGUACUUAGCACACAGAGGAAGAGCACUAAUCACCUUCACCCAUACCAGCAGGUGGCAAGAGUGUAGAUUAUUUUGUGAUCCAGGCAGAGGCCUAAAGGAUAGGGGAAGUUGUUUUCAAAAAAGAGUGUGGACAACAAAAUGCUGGUGAGGAUGCAGAUCAAUGGGAAUUCUCAUUGUCACCAAUGUGACUGUAAAGCAUAGCAACUAUUUGAAAAAUUGUUGGCAGUUUCUUAUAAGGAUUUAGUUAUGGGACACAGCCAUUGCACUUCCAGAAACUGAUCCAAGUGAAUUGGAAACUUACACUCACUCAAAAACCUACACAUGACUAUUUAUAGAAGUUUCAUUAAUAAUUGCCAAAAAACUAGAAAUAAUCCAAAAGUGCUUCAACAGAGGGAACAGAUAAACCAAUUGUGGAUAUUCAGUCCAUGAGUGGAUAUGAAGCUGUCCAUACUCAGCAAGAAAAAGGAAUGAACCAUUGAUUCAAAGAACAACAUGGACAAAUCUCAAACCAUUUUGCUAAGUGAAAGAGGCUUAGACUUAGAGAUCUACAUAUUGUACAAUUUCAUUUGUAGGACAUUCGAGAAAAGCAGUUAUAGGAAUAAAAAACAUGUCAGUGGUUGCUAGGUGUGGAGAAAGGAGGAGUUCACUAUGGGACUUGCACAAGGGAAUCUUUAGAGUGACAGACUGUUCUGCAUGGUACUGUGGUGGUGGGUUUAUAAUUGUACACAUUUAUCAAAACACAAAGAAGUGGAUACCAUGAAGAGGGACUUUUAUUUAUGUGAAUUAAAAAAUAAUAAUCAGGCUGUCGGGAACUCAGAGUAUGACAAAUGAAUCUAAUUGUAUAACAAAUGUAUGACAUAACCUCAUUGAAGGGAGUAAGGGAUUAAAAAAAAAAAAAAAACUAAACUUAACCUUGGGAAACAAAGUUUUGACCUGAAAUUAUAAGAUAAAGACAGAAAGAACUGUACACAAACACUGCGUUAUUGUUGGUAAAUUGUCUUGCAGAGGUACAGGUUGGCAAUUCUGAAACUACUUUGUAUACUAGGGUUGUACAAGUAAAUGAAUCUAUUGUAGAUAAGGAGAGAUGGGUUUCUCACUGGCACUGAAAGACAUGAUAAUUAAGUAGUGAAAGCUAGAAGGAACCCUGUGAUGCUGCAUUAGAGUUGGCAAUGAGCUUGAACUCUUGUUUAAUAAGUAUGCAAAUAGAUACAGAACCAUAUAAAGAAAUAAAUGUAUACACAUAGGCUAGUAUACAAACAUGGGCUUCCUAGUUCUAUUAAGAGAACCCAGAAGUAAUGACACCCCAGCAGCAAUGAGUACACUUAGCACCCAGAUCUUGGUUUCAAACUACUGUUCUCCAGCUAAAGGAACCAAAGUUCCUCGGAAAAGUGACUAGUUCUAGGACUGAGACAGAGAAAAUAUGGGAUGAGCUUGUGAACCUUAUAGAAAAGGAAAGAAAGAGAGAGAGGGAGAAGGUAAAAAUAAAAUAAAUAAAAGCCAUGGUGGCCCAUGCCUAAAAUCCCAGAGACUCAGGAGGCUGAUUCAGGAGGAUUGCA